AUGAAUAAUGCUGAUUUGAUCAGUACAGACUGCAAACAGAGCGGCGCGACAGCGGCUUGGUCCCGAGCAGCCCAGCCCACCAGGUCCCCCGCAGCCCACGCAGUCCACGCCCGCCUCCCAGCCAGGCGCUCCAUCCAGCUCCUCAGCGCCUUCUGCCUCCUGGCGGUGGCCCUGGCGGCCGAGGUGAAGAAGCCCGCGGCGGCGGCAGCACCCGGCACCGCGGAGAAGCUGAGCCCCAAGGCGACCACGCUGGCCGAGCGCAGCGCCAACCUGGCCUUCAGCCUGUACCAGGCCAUGGCCAAGGACCAGGCGGUGGAGAACAUCCUGCUGUCGCCCGUGGUGGUGGCCUCCUCUCUGGGGCUCGUAUAGCAGGGCGGCAAGGCGGCCACGGCGUCGCAGGCCAAGGCGGUGCUGAGCGCCGAGCAGCUGCGCGAUGAGGAGGUGCACGCCGGCCUGUGCGAGCUGUGGCGCUCCCUGAGCAACUCCACGGCGCGCAACGUGACCUGGAAGCUGGGCAGCAGCCGUCUGUACAGGCCCAGCUCGGUGAGCUUCCCCGACGACUUCGUGCGCAGCAGCAAGCAGCACUACAACUGCGAGCACUCCAAGAUCAACUUCCGCGACAAGCGCAGCGCCCUGCAGUGCAUCAACGAGGGGGCGGCGCAGACCACCGACGGCAAGCUGCCCGAGGUCACCAAGGACGUGGAGCGCACGGACGGCGCGCUGCUCGUCAAUGCCAUGUUCUUCAAGCCGCACUGGGAUGAGAAGUUCCACAAGAUGGUGGACAACCGCGGCUUCAUGGUGACCCGUUCCUACACCGUGGGUGUCACAAUGAUGCACCGGACAGGCCUCUACAACUACUAUGACGAUGAGAAGGAGAAGCUGCAGAUGGUGGAGAUGCCCUUGGCCCACAAGCUGUCCAGCCUCAUCAUCAUCAUGCCCCACCACGUGGAGCCGCUCGAGCGCCUGGAGAAGCUGCUGACCAAAGAGCAGCUGAAGACCUGGAUGGGGAAGAUGCCGAAGAAGGCAGUGGCCAUCUCCCUGCCCAAGGGCGUGGUGGAGGUGACCCAUGACCUGCAGAAACACCUGGCCGGGCUAGGCCUGACCGAGGCCAUGGACAAGAACAAGGCGGACCUGUCGCGCAUGUCGGGCAAGAAGGACCUGUACCUGGCCAGCGUGUUCCACGCCACCGCCUUCGAGUGGGACACGGAUGAACCCUUCAACCAGGACAUCUAUGGGCGCGAGGAGCUGCACAGCCCCAAGCUCUUCUAUGCUGACCACCCCUUCACCUUCCUGGUGCGCGACGCCCAGAGCGGCUCCCUGCUCUUCAUCGGGCGCCUGGUCCGGCCCAAGGGCGACAAGAUGCGGGACGAGUUGUAG